AGUGUAUUUGGUAAAGUGUAGUUCAAAAAUAUGGCCAGAGUAAUUACAUUGAAUUUGCAAAUAAAAGAAUUGAUUAUUUUAAAAUAUCGCCCAGGCAUUAAACAAGCAUCCAUAUCCCAACAGCUGAAUUUAAGCCGAUCGGUAAUUUGCAAAACUAUUAAGCUGUUCCGCCUCAGAAAAUCGUUGAUCACAAUAUUAAUGUCAUUAAGUGGCCAGCUCAGAGUCCAGACCUUAACUCCAUAGAGAAUCUAUUAGUUGAUAAAAAAAUUCGGACUGAACAUCCAGAAAAGUUCAAAAAUAGUGCCGAACUAUUUGAAACAAUCGAAGUCGCCUGGAAUUCUAUUCCAAGAGAAACAAUAGCCUAAUUGGUUCUAUGAGAAAAAGAUGUCUAGUAGGUUAUCAAAAAUGAAGGUUAUGCAACCAGGUAUUGUAUACGACAAUUGCUUUGUAUAUUAUGUUUCUCUAUUUUUGCUCGCUGUAUUUUCUAAU